GUUCUUGAUGCGACAUCUGGUAAACCGGGUGAUGAGAUGGGGAUCCGAUUAGAUCGAUUGACGUCCAAUGGAUUCGUUUUGAUCGCUAAUGGAACAACUGAUCAUGAUGGAAGAUGUAAUACACUUUUACCUGGUGGAUCUCGACCUGAGAUUGGAAUUUAUAAAGUCACUUUCUUUAGUAAUGAAUUUUAUCAAAAGAGAGGAAUCGUUUCGUUUUAUCCGUUUGUGGAAAUCACCUUUGAAGUUAAAGAUCCAACUGAACAUUAUCAUAUUCCAUUACUCUUGAGUCCUUAUUCAUUCUCGACUUAUCGUGGAUCUUGA